UCUUUUGGAAGAUGGGAAGAUUCAAAUAUCUGGGCGGGUAUUGUGGUACUGGCUCCACUCUCCAGUCCCAUUCUCAGGGACCCAGACUCCUGAAUCCCGCUGCUGGGAACUGUCCGCGCCAUUAGGAGAUAACAGUUAAAAAAAAAAAAAAAAAAAAAAAAAAGCCCGGGUCCUGAAUCCAAUCAGGCUCCUCUUUCUUCAAGUUUGGUCUGGGGGGUGAGGAGAAAGGAGAGGCGCGGGCGGGACCCAAUCCUUGCUCAUUAACCCUGUGUUCCGCCGGGCGGGGCUUACUAAGCGCCAAAAGCACUGACCCCAGCAUCGCAGCUCUUUCACUUUCUCUUUACUCUAGAGCGAAGUGUUCUGAGGCUGGUCGGACUUGGAGAGGGGCAGGAAAAGCCUGGGAUCCCGGGGAGGGGAAAGAUGGGGAAAAGGAUGGAUGGUGUUUGAGGCAGCGGGCGCCGGGAGGACUAAUGAGAAACCGGAAGUGAAGCCCGAGGCCAUUCCUGUCACUGAAGAAGAAACAAGUUGUAGGUGGUCGCGUGACGGGACCUAUGUCCCCCAAGGACACACACAACGUCCCAAAGGAGGGUCCGGCUGGAGCCGUGGCAUACAAAAAGGUCGAGGGGAUGAGAUGGCCGAGGGUACCCGCUGCCGAUUGGUUCGGUACUUGGAGGAGCUGACACAGGAGGAGGUGAAGAAAUUCAAGCUGUAUCUAAAGGAUGAGCCCUCCGAGCGCAUCCCCCGGGGCAGAGUGGAGGGGGCGGACAGAGCGGAUCUGGCAGAGCUCUUGGUCAGUACUUUUGGGAAAUGCAAGGCUUGGAAUCUGACUAAGAGAUUCUUGAAGGACAUGGGCCUGUGGGAGCUGUGGGAGCGAGCCAGGAAGGAAGGACUGCAGGAUCCUACAGAAGGGCCAAGACUGAAAACAAAUCCAAGAAACAAGAGAAAGCACCAAGAAGGGAAAGAUGAAAGAAACAAGUACCGAGAACGAAUGAAAGAGAAAUUCCAGCUCAUUAGGGAGAGGAAUUCUCGUCCUGGGGAGCAUGAGCUCUUUCACCACCGAUUCACACAGCUGCUGCUUCUUCGAGAAUAUCGUGACAGGGAGCAGAAGCAUCACGAGCUCCUUGUCUGUGGAGGGGAACAUGCUGGGUUCAUGCAGGAGCGAGGGCAGCUUAUAGAGACAGUAGCUUUAUUUGAUCCUUUUAAGGAGAUAGGUGUCCAACCCCGCACUGUUGUGCUGCAGGGGGCUGCUGGUAUUGGGAAGACCACCCUGGCCAGCAAGGUGAUGUUGGACUGGGCAAAGGGAAACCUCUUCCAGGAGAGGUUCGACUAUGUUUUCUAUCUCACUUGCAGAGAACUGAACCCAUUAGGAGAGAGAGAAAUCAGUUUUGCUGAUUUAAUUGCCAGUGACUGGCCUGGUCCCCAGGCUCCAAUGGCAGAGAUCAUGUCCCAGCCAGAGAGACUUCUGUUCAUCAUUGAUGGGUUAGAUGAACUGAAAUUCCCCUGUAACGAGAACAGAUAUGAUCUGUGCAAAGACUGGAAGCAGAAGGAGCCAGUAUCCAUCCUGCUGAGCAGCUUACUGAGGAAAACCUUGCUCCCCAAAGCCUGCUUGCUGCUCACAACAAGACUCACGACUCUGGGGAAAUUUAGUCCUUUGUUAGAGAGUCCACGCCAUGUGGAGAUCCUGGGCUUCUCGGUGCAGCACAGAAAGGAGUAUUUCUGCAAAUUUUUCAGAGAUAAAGAUUUGGGUGAAAAAGCCUUUCAUUUAGUAAAAGGCAAUGGCACACUAUUCACUAUGUGCUGCGUUCCCCUGAUGAACUGGAUUGUCUGCACUUGCCUGAAACAGCAGAUGGAGAAGGGACAAGAUCCUGUUCAGGCUUUGAAAACCACCACUGCCCUCUACAUGUGUUAUCUUUCCAGUUUAAUCAUCCCUGAUGACAAGAACUUCAUCCCUCAGCACUUGAGGGGUCUGUGUCGCUUGGCUGCUGAAGGGAUCUGGGAUAGGAAAGUGCUGUUUGAGGAGGAGGACCUCAGGAGGAAUAACCUGGAGGCGGCUGAUGUCUCUGCCUUCUUAGACAUGAACAUUUUCCAGAAAGACAGUGGCUGUGAAAAUUGCUACAGCUUCAUUCACUUGAGCUUCCAAGAGUUUUUUGCUGCCAUAUUCUAUGUGAUGAGCACAGAGGAAGAAGGGAUUUCUGACACCUCCAUCCCAGGUGUCAGAGAACUUUUGGAGGAGUUCAGUGGGCUUAAUGCCAGCUUUGUGGUUCUGGUGGUCCGCUUCCUGUUUGGCUUCCUAAAUGUAGAGACAGCAAGAGAGUUGGAGAGAAAAUUCAGAUGCAGAAUGUCACCCGAAAUCAAGUCACAGUUACUGCAAUGGGCUCAGAGAGAAUCCAAAAUAAAUGCACAAAACGAUUUUUCUAUGAUUUAUCUCCGAGAAUUUUAUUCUCACUUAUAUGAGACUCAAGAUGCUGAGUUUGUAACACAGGUGCUAGCUAACAUCCAUGAAAUCAAAGUACAUGUUUUCAACCAGUAUGAGGCCCUGAAUGCAACUUUCUGCAUUAAGCACUGUUAUAGGGCAAGAAAAAUAUCCUUUUAUUCUGAGUUUGAUUUACCUGCUGGCAUUUGGCAAGAGCUUUUUUCCAUGAUCAACAAGAAUCCAAACCUGAAGGAGUUAAUGUUGGACAGCAAAGAAUUUGAUGAUUCAUGUAUGGAAAACCUUUGUAAGGAACUAAACCAUCCAAACUGUAAACUGGAAAAACUGAUGUUGGCAAACUUCAAGUUAACUUACUUCUCUUGUCAGCAUCUUUUCUCUGCUCCCAAUCUGAAAAGCCUGGAGUUGAAAGGUAAAAUUGUUAAGGAUGAUGACAUGAAACUUUCACGUGAGACCUUGGGAAAAAAGAACUCUCAGCUGCAGAUACUAAGAAUAUGUGAUUUUACAGGUUUUGCUGUUAAUGUUCUGGAUCUUUUCUCUGCUGAGAACCUGAAAAGCUUAUACCUGUUUGAAACUGACAUUCAGGAGGAUGCAGUAGAGCUUCUGCAUAAUGUCUUGGCAGAGCAGGAUUGUAAGCUACAAACUAUGAGUUUGGUGAAUUGUGAACUUUGUCCUACAGUUUGCUAUAAGUUUUUCUCUGUUCUUGGUAGCAGUAAGAGCCUGAAAAACUUAGAUCUCAGUAAUAAUUUCUUUGGAGAGGAGGAAAUAAAAAGUCUGUGCAAGACUAUGGAAAACCAAGUUUGGGAAUUGGAGACGCUGAGGUCUCUGGACCCAGGUGACUCUGGAGAGGAAAAUGAAGCAGGUGACCUUGCACAGCCCUCCUGCACUUAAAUCCAACUCACCUGCAUGUCAUGGCAUCAGCUGCCUGGUUUCCUGGUCCUCUUCAAGAACAAAGGACAAACAAUAACAACAGCUCAAAUACUUUAGUAUUUCACUGGCAAUGCCAGAAAGUGAGGAAGUCCUCCACCGUGUUGGGUGGAUCCUCUGUGGUCAUUGUAUGAGAAACAAAGACAAAAGAUCACAGGAUGGAUAAGUAUUAAUGGGGUUUGAUCUGCAUCAUAAAAAGGAUCUCCAAAAUACAUGAAACCACAAAUUCAUUUGUGCAUUUGAGAGUCUUUUUAUGUUUAGAAUUGUUUUCUUUUAAUAUUUUUCCAAAACAAAAUGUUUUCUUCCUCAGUGACAGUGAGAAGUAACAUCUUUGGAGUCUAAUAUCAAUAGGCUUUUGCUUUGCUACAUAAGAAAGUGGAAAGAGGUACUGAAAAUAAAAUGUGAAGACUAAAAAACCUCUUCAUGAAAUUUUCCUUUGGGCCUUAGUGCCUGAGCUUUACUUUGAAAGAAACACAAAUCUCUAAAAGGCAGCCAGUUACUCAACACUUUUAAUCACUGCAGAUACAAAGGAAAGCAAAAAAGAAUUGGUCUCUAGCAUAAGAAAACUUACAUCUUAAUGGAAGAAGCAGUAAACAAAAGACUACAUGAAAGAAAAAAUUAAAGAGCAAUUAAACUUAGAGGAAAAGUAUUAGUUGAUAAGGGUUGCAGUGGAAGCUUAUUUUAGGUGAUAUUUGAUCUGAAUGUUGAUAAAGUUAGAAGAAGAAGGUAAAGAGAGAUGGCAUGGGAAGGAGUGAAAAAACAGUCAGGAAAAAGGACUUAAAGUAUAGAUAAUAAUAGCAAGGCCUGAUCAUUACAGUAUCAUAGAGUAUAAGAAAGGAAGUAAAGUAUAACACUGGAAAAUUAGGACGGAUGAAGGACAUGGUUAAGGAUUGUAAAGAAGAGGGAAAGAAGGAAUAGUAAAUAAUCAUAAUCAGAAAAUGGAAUUUCAGAGUCCAUGAACAUGGCAGUGGAAUGAACACUUUUGAGUGAAAAAUAAUGGGUGUGAUUGAUUGUAUACAAUAACAGCAAUAUUGUACAACGAAGAAUUGUAAAUGACUUUACUGUUCUCAGCAAUUCAGUGAUCCAGGACAAUUAAUAGGAUUCGUGAUGAAAAGUAUUGUCUCCAGAGAAAAAACUAAUGUCUGAAUAGAGACUCAAACAUAUUAUUUUUCACUUCCUUUCUUUUGAGUCUUCUUGCACACAAUGAAUUAUAUGAAAUGUUUUACAUGAUUGGACAUAUAUAACAUAUAUCUCAGAAUCCUUACUGGCUUAGGGAGGAGAGAGGGAAGGAUAGAAUUCUAAACUCAAAACUUUUUUUUUUUUCCCCUUUGAGGCAAUUAGAGUUUUAGUAAUUUGCCCAGGGUCACACAACAAGGAAGUGUUAAGUGACUGAGCGCAGAUUUGAACUCAGAUCCUCCUAAUUUCAGGGCUGGUGUUGUAUCUACUACACCAACUAAACUUAAAAAAAAAGGUUAAAAAUUGUUUUUAUAUAGAAUUGGAAGAAAAUGAAGUAUUUUUAAUUGUUCAUAUCCUUUGAUCAUGUAUUUAUUGAAGAAUGGUAUUUAAUCUUAAAUUUAAAUUAGUUUCUUAUAUAAGUUAGAUAUUUGGUCUUUGUCAAAGAAAUCUAAUCCAAAGAUUCCUUCCUCCCAUUUACUUGUUUUCCCUUUUUAUACAUAAUUUUAACUACAUUGGUUCUCAUUUUGCAAAUUCUUUCUUUUUUUUUUUUUUUUUGCUGAGGCAAUUAGGAUUAAGUGAGUUACCCAGGGUCACACAUCUAUAAAGUGUUAAGUGUCUGAUACCAGAUUUGAACUCAGGUCUUCCUGACUUCAGGGCUAGUGUUCUAUCCACUGGGCCACCUAACUGCCCCUCUUU